AUGCAGUUCAAAAACAUCUCAUAUGGAAUUGAACCAAUGGAGGCUGUAUCAGGAUUCAUGCACAUGGUUUAUGAAGAAAAAAAAGAUAAAAUUAAAAUUCCUCUAUUAGGAGGAAAUGUCACUUACAGCCGUAGUGAUUUAACAUAUGAAGUCAGAACAAGUAUAGAAAGAACUGAGUUUUACAAGUUGUUCCCUCGUUAUCUUGAAAUGUACAUCAUUGUGGAUAAAAAACUGUUUGAUUACAUGGGAUCUGAUAUAAAGAUUGUCACACAAAAGGUUGUUCAGAUAAUUGGCCUUGUGAACACAAUGCUUGCCAAGUUGAUGGUAAACAUUGUAAUAUCUUCCAUAGAAAUUUGGUCAAAUAAAAACAAAAUUUCUACUGCAGGAAAUCCGAAUCACAUAUUAUUUAGGUUUGUAGAAUGGAAGAGAAGCCACCUCUUUGAAUCUCAUCAUAUUGCAUACUUAUUGGCCUUCAAAGAAAAGCCUAGUUUUAUAGGAGCCACAUUUCCUGGAAAAGUGUGUAAUAAGGAAUCUGCUGCAGGAGUUGCGGUGUAUCCAGAGGGCUUGUCUUUGGAGUCAUAUACUGUCAGUAUUGUGCAGUUACUUGGCCUUAAUUUGGGAUUAACUUAUGACAAUAGUGAUAGCACCUGCUACUGUUCAGGAGAUGUUUGCAUAAUGUCACCAGAAGCACUGUACUCUGGGGGUAUAAAAGAAUUUAGCACCUGUAAUGUCAAUGACUUUUACUAUUUUGGUUCACAUCAUGGCUUUGAAUGUCUGCACAAAAUUCCUCCUAAUGUCCCCGUUUACAGACAAAAAAAUAGUAUAUGUGGCAAUGGAAUACUGGAAAUAAGUGAACAGUGUGAUUGUGGCACUGCAAAGAAUUGUUCACACAAAGCCUGCUGUGAUGCUACAUUAUGUACAUUGAAAAAUAAAGCAGAAUGUGGUUCUGGGGAAUGCUGUACACAAGAUUGCAAGCUAAAACCAGUUGGUGUGAUGUGUAGGAAAUCCUUUGAUGUGGAAUGUGAUUUUGCUGAAUAUUGUAAUGGAAAAUCUCCAGUCUGUGUGGCUGACACGUAUGCCCUCAAUGGAGUAAAAUGUGAUUCCGGUGACUCCUUCUGUUACAAUGGCCGAUGCCGAGUAUUUAACAAACAAUGUAAAAGGUUAAUUGGAGGAGCUUCUAGAGGUGCUCCAUUUGCCUGUUUUGAAGACGUGAAUUCAAGAGGUGAUAGAUAUGGAAACUGCGGCGAGAGAGCAUGCCACUUCCAUGAUGCUCUAUGUGGAAAAUUAGUAUGUGCCUGGCCACACAAAGCAUUGGUAUCACGUACAAAUUUAUCCGUGAUUUACACACAUAUACGGGAGGAAUUGUGUGUAUCUACAUUUCGAAACACAGAAAAAUUGCUGAGACCCACAAUGACCACCAUUAUCACACCUGAGGAGAGAGAUGACACAUUUGUGGAAGAUGGCUCUGCGUGUGGCCCUGCUAUGUUUUGUAUUAAUUUUAGAUGUGUAGAGGUUCAGUACCAAACUGAUUUUAAGGCGUGCAAUUCUUCUACAAAUUGCAAUGACCAUGGAAUUUGCAACAAUUUUAAAAACUGCCACUGUGAAAAAGGCUAUGCUCCUCCUCUUUGUAAAAAGACUGCAGGUGGUUUUGGGAGUGUCGACGAUGGACAUUACUUCGUAACUGUGUCAGAUUUAAAAAAUCUCCAGGACUGA